GAGAGUACGAGGGCUUGAGACUUCCUCUGUAGCUCCACUUUCAGGAGCCACUAGAAUGUUAUCUUCCCAUAGCCACUAAAACAGUAAACUAAUUCCACCCUCUCACUGUCUUUAACUCUUCCUCUCUUUUUCUCUCUCCUUCUCAACUUUCUGGUGUCAACCAUGUCCUCAGCUGUAGUUGCAGGAGCCUCCUCCUCUUGCUCCGCCACCUUUUCCAGGAACCACUCCAUUAAAAUCUCUCCAAACCUUUCUCCAAAACCCUUCUCACUCUCUUCUUCUCCUUCCCAGAAAACCGCAUUCCAAGGUGUGUCUCUUCAGGAAGCCAAAAGGGGAGUCUCAGAUCUUUUCAUAGCAGCAAGAAAGAGCAGUUUGAGCAAUGAAAGUAGAGGCCUUGAGAUUGCAGCGAGAACUGCCGGGGCUUCAAAGACUAUUGAGGUCGAAGUUGACAAGCCACUAGGCCUCACUUUGGGCCAAAAGUCUGGAGGUGGUGUGGUCAUCACUGCUGUAGAGGGAGGAGGGAAUGCAGCGAAAGCAGGGCUAAAGUCUGGGGAUCAGGUUCUUUACACAAGCAGCUUCUUUGGGGAUGAACUUUGGCCAGCUGAUAAACUCGGAUUUACCAAAACUGCCAUCCAGGCAAAGCCUGACUCUAUCUACUUUGUUGUUAGCAGAGGUGCAGAAGUAGAUGUCAAACGUCUACCGAAGCGUCCGGCUCCUCCCCGCUUUGGAAGAAAGUUAUCAGAGGCUCAAAAGGCUAGAGCUACUCACAUUUGCCUUGACUGCGGAUACAUAUACACCAUGCAAAAAUCCUUCGAUGAGCAGCCGGAUACAUAUGUGUGUCCACAAUGCAGAGCGCCGAAGAAGAGGUUUGCGAGGUACGAUGUGAACACCGGUAAGGCAAUUGGUGGGGGAUUGCCUCCAAUUGGUGUACUUAUUGGUCUGGUUGCUGGUUUAGCUGGUGUUGGAGCAUUGCUUGUUUAUGGUCUUCAAUGACCACACUGUUUCAAAAGGUAUUGUUCUUCUCAUUUGCUCUUGAUGUCAUAUUUAUGAAGAUGUAAAUUCAAGAAUUAUUUUGAACAAAUUCCAAGAAUGGAAUCUGAUGAUUAUAUGAUUAAAAAGAAAUGUUUUAAGGGUUAUGAUUAUAGAAUUUUAUUGGCA